UGCUCCUUGCAGUUGGUAGACACAGUUGUUGACCGAAUUGCACUGUGGCUUUCAUUAAAACCACUACCCAAAAAACAUUGCUUGCUGAAACAAAAUGGAUUGGACGGAGCCGAUUCCAGCGUUGUUCCUCUUUAUCCUUAUGGUUUCCUUUGUUUUGAAACUGGGCGCUUUCUGGAAAAAGAGCUCCCAAAACUUUCCACCAGGACCGAGGCCUUUACCUCUCAUUGGGAAUCUCCACAUCAUGGAUCUCAAGAGGCCUCACAGAACCAUGUUAAAGUUGUCCAAGCAAUAUGGCCCUGUCUUCAGCAUCCAAAUGGGACCCCGGAAAACUGUGGUGUUGACAGGAUAUGAGACAGUAAAGGAGGCUCUGGUUAAUCACGCGGACGCAUUUGCAGACAGGCCCAUCGUUCCAAUGUUUCAAGAGCUUGCACAAGGCUUAGGUGUAACUUUGUCUAAUGGUGAAAACUGGAAAGUGAUGCGGCGGUUUGCUUUAAGCACAUUACGGGACUACGGAAUGGGAAAGAGGACCAUAGAAGAUAGAAUUGUUGAGGAAUGCAGUGUCCUGAUAAAGAAAUUUGAAUCUUACGAAGGUAGCCCAUUUGAAACCACCUCAAUUAUGAAUGCAGCUGUUGCCAAUAUUAUAGUGUCCAUACUACUAGACAAGCGAUUUGAUUAUGAAGAUUCCACAUACAUAAGACUUCUGAAGUUGAUCAAUGAAAAUAUCCGGCUUUUCGGAAGCCCUUCAGUCACGCUGUAUAACAUGUUUCCUGCUCUUGGUUUUCUUCUGGGGGCUCGUAAGACUGUCAUCCAAAACAGAGAUGAGCUGUUUGCCUUCAUAAAUGCCACCUUCAUAAAACACCUCAGAGAUCUGGAUGAAAAUGACCAGAGGAGCUUUAUUGACACAUUUCUUAUCCGACAACAAGAGUUCAUACUCUUUGCAUCCCAGGAGGAGAAAAAAAACAAGACGAAUGCUUAUUUCCACAACAGAAACUUAAUAGUUAUUGUGGCCAACUUAUUUGCUGCUGGCAUGGAGACCAUUUCUACCACACUGCGCUGGGGACUGUUACUAAUGAUGAAAUAUCCUGAAAUUCAGAUAAAGGUCCAAGAAGAAAUUGCAAAGGUUGUUGGAUCUUCUCAGCCAAGGAUUGAACACCGAACAAAAAUGCCUUAUACAGAUGCCGUGGUCCAUGAGAUCCAGAGAUUUGCCAAUGUUAACCCAACCAACCUGCCACAUGCCACGACUACAGAUGUUACCCUCAAUGGCUACUUCAUUCCAAAGGGGACAUUCAUCAUACCAUUGCUGUCCUCUGUGCUGCAUGAUGAAUCUCAAUGGGAGAAACCACAUAAAUUCUAUCCAGAACAUUUUCUUAAUUCUGAUGGAAAAUUCAUAAAGAGAGAUGCUUUCAUGCCUUUCUCUGCAGGUCGGAGAGCAUGUAUAGGUGAGACUCUUGCCAAAAUGGAGCUCUUCCUCUUCUUCACAAGUCUCCUGCAGAAAUUCACCUUCCAGCCACCCCCUGGAAUAUCUCAGGAAGACCUGGACCUUACUCCUGCUGUUGGGCUUACAACAUCGCCCAUGCCCCACCAGCUCUGCGCUCUGCCACGUUUCUAAGACAUGUGUGCAAUGCAAGCCUUUUUUAAAAAACACCCCUGUUCAACAAGGGUGUUUGGGUUGAGUAGCCUAGUGGUGGAAUUGGUCCGUGCUUUGUCACAAAUCUUGUGUUCCCCUUUACCUGCCAUACUGCCGAAUCCCGUGAAACUAGCAUUGGAGCAUCUCUUACUUAAAACCUGGCCCUGAGUUCUUAUGACACUUGAGGCAUAGAGAUCAAUCAACAAAGCUGGUUGCAUGUGUUCCCAUGUUAAGGUAUACCUUCAAAGAUCUUGAAGCAUCAUAUUCCCAGGUAGAUGUGCAGAGAAUUGUGACCAAGACGAAAAAGGGUCUGGAAACCAAGCCUUAUGAGGAAUGGUUGAGGAAGUUGGGUAUGUUAACAUCUGUGGCUGCAAUGUAUUCUGAUUCUGAACUGUAUUUGUUGUUGUCAGGCAAUGGCUUUGUUUCCUCCUGGUUCUUUAAAAACUCUGCCAUAAUAGAUCUGGCAACUGGGUUUGCUUCUGGCAUCUCCAUGCUGUCAAUUAGUUCAGUGACUUUCUGCUCCUGGUUUAGAAUUAAACAACCAUAUUCCGUCUUCUCUCUAUAUCUGAAUGAACUUUCUCUGAAAGUCUGGGUAGCUGAAGGCUUCCCUCAUCUACAGAAUUUUGACUGGUCAUAUGAAAAAUGAAAAUGGGGAAAAUGUAUCAAAAUCAAAACAGCGUUCCUGUGCAAUCUGGCACUCGUCAUGGUGUCCCGUUGCACCAGAAGUGGUUUAGUUAUGCUGGCCAUAUGACCCAGAAAGCUGUCUGUGGAAAAACACUAGCUCCAUCAGCCUGAAGGGAGAUGAGCACCACACCCCAUAGUCACCUUCCAUCUUCUCUCUAUAUCUGAAUGAGCUUUCUCUAAGAGUCGGGGUAGCUUAAGGCUUCCCUCAUCAACGGAAUUCUGACUGGUCAUAUGAAAAAUGAAAAUGGUGGAAAUGUGUCAAAACCAAAAUCAAAACUUCAAUCUCCACAAGAGGAAAAACUCAAAAGCUUCUCUGCCUAGCUUGUGCUCUGAGAGGGAAGAGGGAGCUAAUCCCUUUCACAUUGGAGUCAGUGGAAGUCUCCAUGGUCUCACCAGGAAAUAGAAAAUUGUCUAGUUUGAAUGUCUCUUCUCUCUUAAGAAAAUCCAGCCACACCCACUAUAAUGCUUUGAUUUUUGUCUUAACAGGGCCCCAUAACUUUGUAAGAAUGGAUGUAGGCCCCAUGAGAGGAUGCACUGCUUAGUUAUUAUCCUUCCUUGCUCACAUUGUUGCAUGUCAUAUGCUCUAAUGUAUACAAAGAUAUACCCUAAUGCCACCAUGUUAAACAGUUUCAAGAUGAAAAUGAAUAAAAACUAUGCUAUAAAGAAAA